GAGCCUGAGUGCAACUCACGACACCUGCCAACCAAUCAAAACACGCCGCGUUAGCUUCCACUGUUGUUUCUCUCUCGUAAAGAACCAGAAAAUCUCAAACGAGAAGCAACAGCCUCAAGGACAUCGUGAUAACAUAACACGAUCGCUUUAAGGCUCAAAGUCGACUUCGUCGAAGCUUUCAGGCAGGAGAGAGAGAUGGAAGUUUCCGGCGUCGUUCUCCGACAGAUUCCAUGUGUUUCAGGCUCCGUCACCGACGGCCGUUACUCCGGUCUCCGAUUUUCCGGCAACACGAGGAUGACGGUCGGGUUUCGGACGAGGAGAUUCAGAGGGAUCAUGUGUAAUAACGAGUUUGCGGACAAAGGGCACAUGAGUUACUAUUCUGGGACGACGAGGUGUGGCGGUGAGGGGAAGGAUAAGGUCAAGGUCAUGGAGAAGGAGAAGAAGAAGGAGAUAAAGAAGAAAGCUAAGGUUCUUAAAGCUCUUUCUAAGAACUUGAACAUGUUUUCAAGCAUAGGGUUUGGUCUUGAUCCAGAAGCUGGUUUGGUCGCUGAGAUUCAAAACAAGACAAUCUCGGAAGCAACAGAGAUUCUGGUUAAGCAGCUGGAUCAGUUGAAAGCAGAGGAGAAGCUAUUGAAGAAACAGAGGAAAGAAGAGAAGGCAAAGGCUAAAGCCAUGAAGAUGAUGACUGAAAUGGACUCUGAAUCGUCUUCUUCCUCUGAAUCAAGUGACAGUGAUUGUGACAAAGGGAAGGUUGUUGACAUGAGCUCUUUGAGAAACAAGGCUAAACCGAUUCUUGAGCCACUACAACCAGAAUCUGGAGUAGCAACCCUUCCUAGAAUCCAACAAGAUUCUUGCAAGAACACCACGGGUGAAGCAUUGAAGCUCGCUCUGCUGGAAUCAGCUGCUGCGACCACAGCUUUUCCCUCAGUUGUUAAUCCUGGAUUGCCAUUGAAGACGGUGGAAGCAGUUCCGGUUGUUGGAUUACCGUCGAAGAGAGUAGAAGUCUGUAUGGGAGGAAAGUGCAAGAAAUCAGGAGGAGCUGUGUUGUUGGAUGAGUUUCAGAAGGCGAUGACUGGUUUGGAAGGAUCCGCUGUGGGUUGCAAGUGCAUGGGGAAGUGUAGAGAUGGUCCGAACGUUAGAGUCGUUAACGAGACGGAUGCUGUGAUGACUGAUUCGGUUAGAACGCCUUCCAAGACCGUUUGUGUAGGUGUUGGGUUGCAGGAUGUGGAAACUAUUGUCACAAGUUUUUUUGGUGAAGAAUUUUAGUAUUUCUCAUAUUGAAAGAGUUUAAUAAUUAUUAAAGUUAUAUAUGUAGUGUGGUGUUUUCUCUCAUUGUACAUAUCUGUCUUCGUGUGCAUUUUCGAGUGGAACAUUAAUAAUAUAUAAACAUCUUUUCUGUA